GGCGAUCCGAGCGAGCGGUAACUGAAUCUUCAGUUCAGAUCUUCAGAAAAAAUCAGUUCACAGAUACAGUAUCUGAAGGAUAAAAAGUGUUCAAAAAUCAAUUAAAAGAUGGAUGAGGCAUCUGCCACAACCACAACCGAUGGCAAGUCCCUGGAUGAGGCACCCGUGGCCGCAGGACUGGAGCCUACGCAACCCAUCGGCUUCCUGCAGCUAUUUCGCUUCUCCACCUGCGGGGAGAUUGCGUGGCUCUUCUUUGGGUUCAUCAUGUGCUGCAUCAAGGCCCUGACCCUACCCGCUGUGGUCAUUAUUUACAGCGAAUUCACAUCGAUGCUGGUGGAUCGUGCCAUGGAGAUCGGGACGAGCUCAAAGGUUCAUGCAUUGCCCCUGUUUGGGGGUGGCAAGACGCUCACAAAUGCAACACUGGAGACCCGCAAUGCGGCCCUGUACGAUGACUCCAUCUCGUAUGGCCUUCUGCUGACCAUCGCAUCGGUGGUGAUGUUCAUUGCUGGCAUCUUUUCGGUGGAUAUCUUCAAUGUGGUGGCCCUGCGGCAAGUCUCUCGCAUGCGCAUCAUGCUCUUCACCUCAGUGAUGCGGCAGGACAUUGGCUGGCACGAUUUGGCCAGCAAACAGAACUUUGUCCAGAGCAUGGUCGAUGAUGUGGAAAAGAUACGCGAUGGCAUCUCCGAGAAGGUGGGACACUUUGUGUAUCUGAUUGUCGGGUUCAUCAUCACGGUGGCCAUAUCCUUCAGCUAUGGCUGGAAACUCACGCUCGCAGUCAGCUCCUACAUUCCCCUCGUGAUUCUCGUGAAUUAUUAUGUAGCCAAGUUCCAAGGAAAACUCACAGCCAGGGAACAGGAAUCGUAUGCGGGUGCCGGAAAUCUCGCCGAGGAGAUCCUCAGUGCCAUUCGCACGGUCGUAUCCUUUGGCGGGGAGAAAGCGGAGGUCCAGCGCUACGAGAACUUCCUGGUGCCCGCACGGAAGGCGAGUCAGUGGAAGGGCGCUUUCUCGGGCCUCAGUGACGCCCUCCUCAAGUCUAUGCUGUAUCUGUCGUGUGCGGGCGCCUUCUGGUACGGCGUCAAUCUGAUCAUCGAUGAUCGUGGUGUGGAGGACAAGGAGUACACUCCAGCAAUCCUGAUGAUCGCCUUCUUUGGCAUCAUUGUGGGGGCGGAUAACAUCGCCAGGACGGCGCCCUUCCUCGAGUCGUUUGCCACCGCCCGGGGAUGUGCCACGAAUCUCUUCAAGGUCAUCGAUCUCCAAUCCAAGAUCGAUCCUCUGUCCACCGAUGGAAAACUCCUCAACUACGGCCUGCGGGGCGAUGUGGAAUUCCAGGAUGUCUUCUUCCGUUAUCCCUCCCGUCCCGAAGUCAUCGUCCAUCGGGGACUAAACAUCCGGAUACGAGCGGGGCAGACGGUUGCUCUGGUGGGCUCCUCGGGAUGUGGCAAGUCCACGUGCGUGCAACUUUUACAGCGGUUCUACGAUCCCGUCUUUGGCUCCGUGCUGCUCGACGACCUGGACAUCCGCAAGUACAACAUCCAGUGGUUGCGCUCCAACAUCGCGGUGGUGGGUCAGGAGCCGGUGCUCUUCCUGGGCUCCAUUGCCCAAAACAUCAGCUACGGAAAGCCCGGCGCCACACAGAAGGAGAUCGAGGCGGCUGCCACACAGGCGGGGGCACACGAAUUCAUCACGGGACUGCCAGAGAGCUAUCGCACAAUGAUCGGAGAGCGGGGAUCCCAGCUCUCGGGCGGGCAGAAGCAGCGCAUUGCCAUAGCGCGGGCCCUCAUCCAGCAGCCGAAGAUCCUGCUGCUGGAUGAGGCCACCUCCGCGUUGGACUAUCAAUCGGAGAAGGAGGUGCAACGGGCCCUGGAUUUGGCCAGCAAGGGACGCACCACCAUUGUGGUGUCGCAUCGUCUGUCUGCGAUUCGAGGCGCCGACAAGAUUGUCUUCAUUCAGGAUGGCAAGGUCCUGGAGGAGGGCUCCCACGAUGAUCUGAUGACGCUGGAGUCCGCUUACUACCGCAUGGUGCGUGCCGGGGAUAUUAAAAUGCCCGAUGAGGUGGAAAAGGAGGAGGGGGAGGAGACGACCAUCGAUGCCAAACGCAAAAGCCUUGCGCUCCUUGAGAAAUCCUUCGAGACGAGUCCUUUGAACUUUGAAAAGGCCACCCACAAGGAAAACAGCGUGCAGUUCGACGAACCCAUCGUGAAGCACCUGCCCAAGGACAAGGACACCAAUGCCAUCAAACUGCGGGACGCUGCCACAGCCGCAGAGAAGCCCCAUUUCUUCCGCACAUUCGCGCGGAUCGUGCGCCUGUCCCGCCCCGAAUGGUGCUACCUGAUCCUUGGCACAAUCAGCGCCAUUGCCGUUGGCUGCCUGUAUCCCGCAUUUGCCAUCAUUUUUGGUGAAUUUUAUGCCGCACUCGCGGAAGAGAACCCCGAGGAUGCACUCAGUCGCACCGCAGUGCUCUCGUGGGCGUGCCUGGGCCUCGCCUUUGUCACGGGACUCGUGUGCUUCCUCCAGACGUAUCUGUUCAAUUACGCGGGCAUCUGGCUGACGACGCGAAUGCGGGCCAUGACCUUCAGGGCAAUGGUCAGCCAAGAGGUCGGUUGGUUCGACGACGAAGACAACUCCGUGGGCGCCCUGUCCGCUCGAUUGUCGGGUGAGGCAGCGGGCGUGCAGGGUGCCAUUGGGUAUCCGCUGAGUGGCAUGAUUCAGGCCCUGUCCAACUUCAUUUCGAGCGUCACCGUCGCCAUGUACUACAACUGGAAGCUGGCGCUCCUCUGCCUUGCCAAUUGUCCGAUAAUCAUCGGUUCUGUCAUCCUGGAAGCCAAAAUGAUGUCCAAUGCCAUCGUGAGGGAGAAACAAGUCAUUGAGGAGGCCUGUCGCAUUGCCACCGAAUCCAUCACGAAUAUCCGCACUGUGGCAGGACUACGACGGGAGGCGGAUGUCAUUCGGGAGUACACGCAGGAGAUCCACCGCGUGGAGGGACUCAUUAAACAGAAGCUGCGCUGGCGGGGCGUCCUCAACUCCACGAUGCAGGCAUCCGCAUUCUUUGCCUACGCGGUGGCCCUCUGCUACGGCGGCGUCUUGGUCUCCGAAGGACAGCUGCCCUUCCAGGACAUCAUCAAAGUCUCGGAAACUCUUCUCUAUGGCUCAAUGAUGCUCGCCCAAUCGCUGGCUUUUACACCCGCCUUCUCGGCGGCCCUCGUGGCGGGUCAUCGCCUCUUCCAGAUCCUCGAUCGCAGGCCCAGGAUCGUCUCGCCCAUGGGCACCAUCCGGAACACCCUUGCCAAGCAAUUGAAUCUGUUCGAGGGUGUGCGCUAUCGCGGCAUUGAGUUCCGCUAUCCCACGCGUCCCGAUGCCCAGAUUCUGCAAGGAUUGGAUCUGGAGGUGCUCAAGGGUCAAACGGUGGCACUGGUGGGCCACUCCGGCUGUGGCAAGUCCACCUGCGUGCAGCUGCUGCAACGCUACUACGAUCCGGAUGAGGGAUCCAUUCACAUCGAUCACGAUAAUAUCCAACAUGAUCUUACCCUCGAGGGUGUACGCUCCCGUCUUGGCAUCGUCUCCCAGGAGCCCACCCUCUUCGAACGUUCCAUCGCGGAGAACAUUGCCUACGGCGACAAUCGUCGCUCUGUCUCCAUGGCGGAGGUCAUGGCCGCCGCCAAGAGCGCCAAUGCCCACAGUUUCAUCAUCUCUCUGCCCAAUGGCUACGACACACGGAUGGGGGCACGUGGCACUCAGCUGUCGGGCGGGCAGAAGCAACGCAUUGCCAUUGCCCGUGCUCUGGUGCGGAAUCCCAAGAUUCUGCUGCUGGAUGAGGCAACCUCUGCCUUGGAUUUGCAGAGCGAACAACUGGUGCAGCAGGCCCUCGAUUCUGCGUGCAGCGGUCGCACAUGCAUUGUCAUUGCCCAUCGUCUGUCGACCGUUCAGAAUGCAGAUUGCAUUUGUGUGGUGCAAGACGGUCAAGUGGUGGAGCAGGGCACCCAUCUGGAGCUCAUUUCGCAGGGUGGAAUCUACGCGAAGCUGCACAAAACCCAAAAGGACCAUUGAAGAGAGGAAGCGUAUAUAUUUAAUGAAAUUUGUAUCCAACAAAAAUAUCCAAGAGAUUCACAUACACAUUCGCGUAUCGCGUAUCGUUCCAGACUUCCAUCUGAAAUCUGAAUAAAAAUCACACCUUUUUUCCACACGAA